GUUAAUAUGUCUACCAAACCACUCGGAAGCGUCAGUCAACCAGCAGAUAUCAAGAUUAUAUUGCUUGGUGACAGUGCUGUCGGAAAAUCAAAGUUGAUGGAGCGGUUUCUUUUGGACGACUAUGUGCCUCAUCAACAGUCCACAUACGCAUUGACUUUGUAUAGGCAUAAUGCAAUACAUCCGAAAUCUACAAGUAAUCCGCCAGAGAAAAUUGCUGUAGAUUUUUGGGAUACGGCUGGACAGGAACGGUUUCAGAGCAUGCAUGCAAGCUAUUAUAUGGGUGCUCAUUGCUGCAUCUUGGUAUUCGACGUAACUCGAAAAAUUACUUACAAAAACUUGGAUACGUGGUAUGAGGAAUUGGUUCAACAUCGAGGCAUUAAAAUGCCAGUAAUUGUUGUUGCCAACAAAAUCGAUAUGGACCCUUCAAGAGGAUCAAAAUCAUUUGGAUUUGUAGAAAAACGACGACAAGAGAGAGGCGGGAGUGUGGAUGACUUGCCUUUUUAUUUUGUAUCGGCCUCUGAUGGAUCUAAUGUGGUGGCUAUUUUCUUGGAAGCAAUUCAAAGAGGUUUUGAAUACAAAAACAAAAUGGUCAUUGAUAAACAGGGAACAUUUGUCGACGAUGUUCUACAAUUUAUUCAAGAAGAAGAAAAUCGGCCCGAUGGUUUAUUUGCAAAACAGAUACUCGUCGACUCCAACACGUAG